UCUGGUGACCUCGGCUUCCAAAAUUCUCAAAAUUUUUGCCUGCGGCGUAAUGAAGAAAGAUUUAUCGGUAUAUGGGAGAAUUUGCAUGGAUUAAGAUGGAUUGGAGUUAUAAUUGAGGGGAUUAAAAGGGAUAUGGAGAGAUUUGGGCGUGAUAAGUGUAUCAAAUUACCUGAGACGGAGUUAGGAUAUCAAAAAAAUAUUUUUUAUUCAUUUAAGUUCAUUUUAAUUACUUCUUCAUUACUUUCACCUCUUUUAUCCAUUUCUGUUGCUUUUUCAAUUAUUGGAUGGAUUGGAAUUAAAUUUAAUUCAAUAAUGCCUAUAAUGCCGUUUCUCGUUUUUGGUAUUGGGGUGGAUAAUGCUUUUUUAUUAAUACAUUCUUGGAGGAAAUGGGCUUUGAUUGAACAAAGCGAAUUAAAUGAGAAUGAAGAAAUUACAUUUGCUCAAAGAAUGGCAAACGUUUUUGGAGAGAUGGAUUCUUCUAUAGCAAUAACUUCUUUAACUAAUGGAAUUGCUUUUGGAGUUGGUAUUUUCUCUCCAUCAUCUUUAAUGUCCAAUUUUUGUUUGUGUACUUCAAUUGCUAUAUUUUUGGAUUUUUUAUUUGAAUUUUUAAUAUUUGCACCUUGUCUCCCUUUUAUUAAAUGGAAAAUUGAAGAAAACGAGAGUACAAUAAAAGGAGAGAAUUGGCCACUUUUUGGAAUAAUGAAAUUGAGAAAGGAAAGGUGA